AUGGUGGAGCAGCAAGUGAGGAAGCUGUGGGAAGGACAUCCAGAGCUGAAGGGGGAAGAAAUGGGAAAAGAAGCCGUGAGAGGACCCGAGGCGGAUGUGAGGAGCAUACCAGCAGAGGCGGCGUGUAACCAGGGGCAAGGUGACCUAUGGGUCGCUCGAUGGGAAGGUCCGGUGAGGGACCCGGCCAAGAAGCAGGAAGAAGCAGCGAGGGAGAGCAAGGAAGAGGGGGCGUGGGAGUGCCUGACAAUAGGAGAAGGACUGGAGCAUACAGUGGGAGAUGCAAUGAGUAAGAAAGAACAAAAGGCCGUGAAGACAGUAAAGGGGAUUAAGGGAGAGACAUGGGAAGAUGAGUCGAUGGAGCCAGCAACACAGCUGUCUCGCCUCCUCUCCCUCACUCUCUCUCUCGCCCCCUGGGCCGCCUCCUCUCUCCUCCGCUCCACACAAUCCCUCCUGGAGGGGGGAAGCGGCCACAGAGGGGGGGACGACUGGGAAGAGGCGGAGGAGGAGGAGCGGGAGGAGAAAGAAGUUACGGAGGAGAGAGAGGAGUACAUGCGGAGGGAGGGGUGGCAGGAGAAAGGAGCAUAUAAGAGAAGCAGAGUUGGAGCGGGAAUGUGGAGCAGUAGUAGCAACAGCAGCAGUGGUGACAGGAUGAGCAGUGAGACAUUCAACCCCUACUCCUCCUCCCCACCAUCCCCACCAGCCCCACCCUCCUCGCCCUCCGCAGCCUCUGCUCUCGCGUCCAAGCUGCUCCACCUGCUGCUCACUGAUGCACGCAUAUCCGCCGCACUGCUGGCACCACUGCAGUCGGUGCUGCUCGUGCUGCCAGGCAGGGGCUCUGUGGGGGGCUCCCAGAGUUACUGUGGUUCAGAGCAGCAGGCGGCGCUGCACCGGGGUCUGGAGCUGCUCACCCUCUGCAUUCGCCUCAAGCCCUUCUGCCAUGCAGCAGCUGCUGCUGUGAGUGGAGCGAGGCUGCUGCUGAUGCGUCGCUUCUCCUCUCCUCCUCUGCACUUCUCCCCUCUCAUCUUAACCAUCUCUCUCCCCCUUCUCUUCUCACCCCUCCUCUCUUUGUUUCCCCUCACUUCCCCCCGCUCCCUCCCCCCGCAGCCCCUUUCUCCCUUGGAGUCGCUUCUGCUCUCCUCCUCCGCUCGCCUCCCCUCGCAUCUCAUGCUGCUCACCCCGUCAGCACCAGCACUAGACUCUACAGGAGCUGCAGCAGACGCUGCCUUAGCAAGAGCAGCAGGAGGAGGAGGAGGACGAGGAGAGGGAGCAGGAGCAACGGUGGGGCUUGAUUCAGUUCCGCUGGUGACGGCGCUUGCUGCACUGACAAGCCUCGGCCAGUCACAGGUGUGCAAAUCUUGCAGGUUUGCAGGAUUUUGCACUUUCUUUGCAUUUUCAUCUGCAAGCGAGUGCUGGUAG